AUGGCCGCACUCAAGGUUGACGCGGAUACGUUCACUGAUAUGCAUUCCGCCAAAGCCCGGUUGGCUAUAAAUGCCAGGACCCGCCGUACGGCCUUACCCGAACACCACAGAUUCCAAGGAAAGGAGCAUACUAGCUGCUUCAGCACCUCGUCAUUGAUGUUCACAUCAGAAGCUCCAGAAGCCAUCAAUAAUGGCUCCCUUGAGAGGGGCGUAGUGUUGAAUGCAAAGGGGGAAUGCGGAAGAACGAGGGGUCAGCAAAUGAUCCGCAUCGACUAA